AUGGAACCUAACCAAACAACGGAGUGCUGACACAAGAUGAUGCCAGCUCCAUUGUAAAUGUUGUGCAUUAAUAAUGUGUUGUAAACUAUAUGAAGUUUAUAUACAAAACACAGGAAAGUAACUCACAGGAAACAGAGAUGAAGGUACACAUGCACACAAAAUUUUGCAUCGUUUGUUUGCUGACAUUUAUCUUUCAUCAGUGCAAUCAUUGCCAUAAAGAUGGGCGUGACCAUGGUCCUGAAGAGGGACAUGAAGACCACCAUAACUGCUAUCAGAUCUCAGAGACACCGUAUCACCAGAGCGCAGGAUCAGAAUCCAUGCCGAGUAAAUUUUCAGCGUCAGAAGCUGAAAAUGAACAGAAAUACUACAUUGAAAAGAUUUUUGAUCGUUAUGGUGAAAAUGGAAGAUUAUCCUUUUUUGGCCUGGAAAAACUGUUAAUAAGCCUUGGUUUAGGAGAAGUAAAAGUAGUAAUGAUAAAUCAUGAUGAUAUUGGCCAUGAUCAUGUUUCUCACCUGUAUGCUUUAGAAGUACAGGAAGGGAAGCAUUUUCACUCUCAUAACCAUCCUCAUAGCCACUCAGAUUCAGAAAACCAAACCGUGGUUGGUAUGGCUGAAAAGAAAAAUCAUAAAUGUAACUCUGAGAGAGAUGCAGUGGUGUCGUCUAUAAAAGGUGAUGGUAAACGUAUUCAUGACCAGAGUCACCAUCACCAUCAUCACCACCCUCAUCCGCAUCAUCAUCUUGCCCAUAAUGGUACGCACCAUCCUCGUAAUGAUUCAGUUAUUCAUAAUGAACACGGAGAACAGAAUCAUGGACCUUCCACAGAAACAAACACGACACAGGAUCAGCGUGAAAGAAAACAGCGGAAACAGAAGAAGAAACGAAAGAAAAUCAGUGAGACUUCAGGAGAUAAUACACAAGAUUGUCCUCCAAAUCAUCACCUAGGUGAUCAGUGUGAGCACAAUCGUGUUCAUAAACAUGAUCAUGUACACGAUGCAUCUCACUUUCAUGUGCACCAUCGUGAACACAAUGGCGAUCGUUCCACUAAUCACGGACAUCAGGAUUCCAGUCUAGGUGGUGAGGACGGGCAUCACCAUACCAGCAAGCGGGAGGCGCCCUGUAAGCACACGGGUGUCAGAAAACACACUAUUUCAGCACGUAGUCGUAAGGAUCAUAGUGAAGAUGAACGUGAUGGUGAAGAGUGCUUAAAUGUUACUCAGCUGCUACGACGCUAUGGUCUGGAAACCAGCUCUCCAAUAUCUCCCGAAUUUUUUAUAUACAUGUGUCCUGCUCUGCUAUACCAGAUUGACAGAAGGCUUUGUAUUGUACAUUAUGAUGAGCUUGAAGAUUUUAUGAAAAGUAAAACUGCAUCAAUUGAGAACGAAGAUAAAACAGGUGCUUCAGCCUGGGUUUGUGGUAUCAUCUCUAUCACCGUCAUUAGCCUGCUUUCCUUGCUAGGUGUGAUCUUGAUUCCCAUCAUUAACCAAUGGUGCUUCAAAUUUCUUCUAACUUUCUUGGUAGCUCUGGCUGUAGGAACAAUGAGUGGAGAUGCUCUACUCCAUCUUUUGCCACAUUCACAUGGAGGCCACAACCACAGUCACCACCAUGGCCAAGGUCACAUGCAUGAACACAAGCAUUCUCAUCGACAUGCCCAUGGACAUGGAAUAGAGAAUGAAGGCUUUCUGGAAGAAAAUGAUCCAGUAUUGAAAGGUCUUGUAGCACUUGGAGGCAUUUAUGUUUUGUUCAUCAUUGAACACUGUAUAAGAAUGUACAAGCAUUACAAUAAACAAAAGAGUAAGCAGAAAUGGUGCAAGAAUAAACCGAGUGAAGAAUCACCAAUUGGAAGGAAACUUUCAGAUCAGAAAUUAAAUAAUAGACCAGAUGCUGACUGGCUUCAGCUCAAACCCCUUGCAGGAGCAGAUGACUCAGUUCUAUCUGAAGAUCGACUUAAUGAAACUGAACUGACUGACUUAGAUGGCCAGCUGGAAUCCCCUCCCAAAAAUUUCUUGUCUGUAGAAGAAGAGAACAACAUGCACCAUUCUCACAACGAUGUCUUACAUGCUGCUCAAGAACACGAUCUUCACGACUUAGAGUACGACAGCCAUGGUGAAGAUAAGAUGAUAGCUAGAAAACACAGUCACCACUGGCAUCACAAACAUUCCCAUCAUUCCCAUGGCCACUGCCAUUCUGGAAAAGACCUGAAAGAUACAGGGAUAGCUAAUAUUGCUUGGAUGGUAAUUAUGGGAGAUGGCAUUCACAACUUCAGUGACGGCUUAGCAAUAGGAGCAGCUUUUAGUGCUGGACUGACAGGAGGAAUUAGUACAUCGAUAGCAGUAUUUUGUCACGAGCUUCCCCAUGAAUUAGGUGAUUUUGCUGUGCUUCUUAAAGCUGGUAUGACAGUAAAGCAGGCUAUUGUGUACAACCUCCUGUCUGCCAUGAUGGCUUACAUAGGCAUGCUGAUUGGCACGGCGGUGGGACAGUAUGCGAAUAACAUCACCUUGUGGAUCUUUGCAGUCACUGCAGGCAUGUUCCUCUAUGUGGCAUUGGUUGAUAUGCUUCCAGAAAUGCUUCAUGGAGAUGGAGAUAAUGAAGAGCACGGUUAUUGUCCUGUGGGGCAGUUCAUUCUGCAGAAUCUAGGUCUGCUCCUUGGAUUUGCCAUCAUGCUGGUGAUUGCCCUCUAUGAAGAUAAAAUUGUGCUUAACAUCCAGUUUUGACCUUGUUCUGGUAAUCACUGUGGAUACAAUAUUAUUACUGUAUGGCUUUGAGUCUGCACUGUUUCACUGUAUGCACAUUGCUUAGAGGAAAAGCAGUGGCUUGCACUACUUACUUACACAAGUACAGCAUAUUCAUUUCUGUGUAGAUUAACUGCUGCUUUUUUUCUGAUUCACAUCAGAUGAGGCUGCCCAAAUGCAUCUUCUAAACUCCAGUAACAGGCAAUUUGGAAAUAGUAAAUACCAGAAAUAAAUGCCAAGUUCAAUGUGCUGCUUGCUUAUAUAAAAAAAUUACAGUGAAGGAUGUAGGAUUUAGGAAAAUACCAUUUCAUACUACAUUUGAGAGAACCCAGAAAAUUUUACAGCUGAAAUUCAUACCUAUGCAAGGAACCUGAGUACACAUUUAGUACCACACAAGUCUUAAGCAGAAGGCAUAUAUAUGUAUAUAUCUUCUUCUGUCUGUGCAUAUAUAUGUGUAUAUACACAUAGUGCUGGUUCCUCUGCAUAGUGGUGACUUUUUAAGUAUUAAAUCUUAACAACAAUAGAUGACUGGAAACCACUGUGCUGUCUUAAAUUUUAAGAAGAAAGAAGCCCAAAACCUUAAGGCUGUUUAAAUUCCCGCAUUUUAAACUUCAUGUGUAAGAAGGCAGGCUGUUGCAAUAUACGCUGCAAAGUGCUAUGUCCUGUCAAGCAUCACUUUGAUGAUGUUUUCCUGACAAAAAUUUAUUUGAUGUUUGUUCUUUGAUAUUAGUAGGAAAAUGCAAAAUGCAGUAGAAUUAGUGCUAGCUUGGGGAAAUCCCUGAUGUUGGAGUUAUUGAGCUAUUCCUGGUUCUUUUCUACAGAUGCUAAACAUGUAUCGUGUGCCACUUGCAGCAUAAACUACUGAAGAAUUGUGGCUGUGAAUGUGUGCAAACUCUUAAUUUAAUAGAAAAUCAAUAUGGGUUUUUUCGUUUUUUUUAACAGUUAUUUUGGAAUGUUUUCUCCUAUGUUAAAAAAGCAAAAGUACAACAAACAUGCUAGUUACUGAACAUGGGCACAAAGGUUAAAUUAUGCUAUGUGCAUGUAGGGUUACUUACUGUACUCUGUUUCUACAGUGCCUCAAUAUCAGACAUUGUGGCACCAGCCAUUUCUGGUGGUCAGGUGUAAGCAAGAAAAUUGCUACUUCCAGCAUAAAUGAGUUCAUUUCUAUGAUAUAUAUUUUUUUUUUAACAAUUUUGGUAUUUGAUUAUUGAAAAGCAGAUGUGAUGGAUCUGUUGUAUGUGUGAUUUGGAAGGAUAGACUGAAAAUGUGGGCCUUAAUAUGCUGGGAGCAUGUCCUGGAUCAGAUUUUCCUGGAGUGAUUAUACUGCCAGACAUGAGUUAGUUCUUCUUGUACCCAUCCAUCCCCUUAAGAAAAAAAACAGUGAGUUCUUGAGGAGUGCAAAUUCAUUCUGCAGUCUCACUCAUAAGCAUGGAAGUAGCCUUUUCUAAAACAUCCAGUUUGCCGUCUCCUUUGUGUCUGCCAGGUAAGCUGUUUCUUGACAAUGUGCCGUAAGUUUUGUUUCAGUCUGCUUGGUGCCAGUGUAGCUGCUGAAACCGUACUGAUCCUAACAGCUUAAAAGAGCACCAGCUGGUAUCUUCAUUCCAUUUCAAGUUUGUGUGUUUCUUGUGGCCUGUUACUUUCUGAAGCUUCUUUGGUCAUUUUAGUUUUUAACAAGAGCAGCUUGUAUAUUUUAAAGGUAAUGGUUGGUUCUUGCCAGUAUUUCUUCCUAAUGCAGUAUCAAGGAACAGUAUUAAGGGUCCAUUUCAAAGUAGAGCGCAGUUUCUUCAGUGAAGAAGCCAAAGCCCAGAGUUCAUGCAUGCAGCCAUUUGAUGCUGAGAAGUCAGGCUGGUUGGUUUGUUUUCUUCUUUAAAUAUGUUUACUGUUGGACCCUAAUUAGCAAACGCACUGUUGUUAGCUUCAGUUUGCUGAAUUUGUGCAGUGCAGAGAUCCUAGGUGACUCUUCUCUGGUGCUCAUGCUGUGUCCCUGGGUACCAUUUUCAGAGACUGAAGUCACUGGUUAAUUUCUGAGGAUCCUAGUUUAAACAACUUAUGUUGCCUAUGUAUUGAACUGACCCUUAAUUUUAAUUUUCUGUUAACUCUGUCAAGUAUAAGGGGGCCAUGUCGUCAAACUGAUGUUUUUGUCAAAUCAUUUUUUUAAGAAGUUUCUUUCUUUUAAUAUUUUUCAAAUGAAAAUUUCUUUAUUUCAGGUAGUAUAUUUACUUUUGUAUUAGUUGGAGUAUGGUUUUAGCUUAAUACACUGCCUAUACAGGAAAAUAGUUAACAACUUCCUUUCAAGACCAUCUUCAGACAAGGGAAAAAUAUGGUCUUUCAAGGCAGGUACUGCAUUUUUUUCCUUAAAUACGUAUGUUGUUUUUCUUUCAUUUUGUAGUAUUUAUUACAACUUAUGAAGGGCAGUGUAACAGCUGUGACUUCCUCUGUAGAUUUUCCACCAGUACUGAAUUCCAAAUUGUUAUAAUGUACACUUUUAAGUCAUGUUACAGACAAUCUGAAUUCCACUACAUUUCUACUCGGUUUGUACAUUCCAUUCUGCUGAAUCCAGAGUCUCAUCUAACUUGUACUUGUUGGAGGGCAUGUUAUUUGUAUAUUACAAUGCUGUCACUGUGUGACAUCCCAUAUGAAUUUUGAUGUAGAUCACAUUGCACUCAAUCUGCUGUGAUUACGCUUAGAAAUAUUGUAGUUGCUAGAUGCAGUGUGAUUUUUUUAUUAAAAAAAUCCCCUCCUGUUAACAAUUGAGUCUGUUUUCAAAUGUGAUUAUGGUCCUAUGAGAUACAGCUGAGCUAUCAGUCUUUUUGUUAUAACUAAGUCUUUUUUUUUUUUUAAUUUUAUAAACUGGAAAAGAUCAAAUGCUGUUCUGUUCAUUGUCAACAGUGUUGUGUUCAUUUUUAUGUAUGUUCCUUAUAAAUAAGGAGCCUUCAAAAAAUAAAAUUAUUAAAGGAG